AUGUUUCAGAGAUCACCAAAUUUCUACCAAUUACUCGAUAAAGCUACAAGCCAUUUGCAUCUCGACCCUGACUGGCCGACGAUUUUGCAGAUUUGUGAUCUUAUACGUCAAGGAGAUAUACAGCCAAAACCAGCUCUUGCGGCGAUAAAAAAAAAGAUCACCAACUCUAAUCCUCACGUAUCUCUCUUUGGUCUUCUUGUAUUAGAGUCAUGUGUAAAAAAUUGUGGAAGUUUAAUCCACGAUGAAAUAGGUACUAAGCAGUAUAUGGAACAAUUGAAAGAACUUGUUAAAACUACAAUUCACGACGACGUUAAAAGUAAAAUACUUGGAUUAAUUCAAGCUUGGGCAUUUGCUUUUAGGAAUAGUCCUAAAUAUACUGCUGUUAAGGAUACUAUGAACAUAAUGAAAGCAGAAGGUUACGUAUUUCCCGAACUAAAAGAAAGUGAUGCAAUGUUCAGCGCAGAUACAGCACCCGAGUGGGCUGAUGGAGAAGUUUGCCAUCGGUGUCGCGUUGCCUUUGGCAUGGUACAACGUAAACACCACUGUAGAGCUUGCGGGCAAGUUUUUUGCGGUCAAUGUUCUAGUAAAACAUCGACGUUGCCGAAAUUUGGCAUUGAAAAAGAAGUAAGAGUUUGUGAUGCUUGUUACAUUGUGAUCAAUAAACCCAGCAGUGCUUCCACGAAAGAAACUGAUUUGCCCGUCGAGUAUUUGAGCAGUUCACUUGCUCAGCAGCAACAAGUACCACCACGGAAGUCAGAAGAAGAAUUGCGUGAAGAAGAAGAAUUGCAGUUAGCCUUGGCAUUAAGUCAAAGUGAAGCUGAACAAAAGGAAAAAGAUAAAAAACGCGGUCCGAGUCCUUCAAAAAUUCACGAGGAAGAAACCGACCCAGAGUUGGCCAAGUACCUCAAUCGAAAGUACUGGGAACAAAGACAAAUAGUGAAUGAAGAGCAAACUGGAGGUUCACGUGCUGAUGUAACAAGUCCAUCUGCUCCAAAUAUCGGUAGUCCGAUGCCCCAGCGGAUUGUCGUAGCCAAGCAGCAGAAUGGCGACAUCGACGUGCACUUGGACGAGUUUGUCAGCAACUUGCGAUCACAGGUCGAAAUAUUUGUCAACAGAAUGAAGAGUAAUUCAUCGCGUGGCAGGUCGAUCGUCAAUGAUAGCUUCUUCCAGACUUUAUUUAUGAAUAUCACCGCUAUGCAUUCUCGACUGCUGAAGUACAUUCAGGAGCACGAUGACACGCGGGUCUACUAUGAAGGUCUGCAAGACAAGCUAGCGCAAGUGAAAGACGCAAGAGCUGCUCUGGAUGAUUUACGAGAGGAACAUCGCAAUAAGUUGCGUCGUGAAGCUGAAGAAGCUGAAAGACAGAAGCAGAUGCAAAUGGCCAUGAAGCUGGACAUCAUGAGGAAGAAAAAGCAAGAGUAUUUGAAUUAUCAGCGACAGCUCGCCUUGCAGAAGAUCCAGGAACGAGAGCGAGAGCUUCAGAUGAGACAAGAGCAGCAGAAGCAACAAUAUAUGAUGGGUGGGUAUCAAACGGUUCCUAAUUAUAUGGGACCGUCUCAAGGAUCACCGAUUCGUCAUGUACAGUAUCAAGUUCCGGGUACUAAUUACAACCCAAUGUCUCCGACGAGCCAAGGCGUUUAUUCAUAUGGUCCCACGUCUAUGGGCCCGUAUCCGAUGCCUAAUUAUUCAAUGGCGCAAAUGGGAUCUCUUCCUCCUCAUUUGAUGGCUAAUAUGCCGGCUACUCAAGAUCAACCGCAAUCUGGUCCCAAUGAAUCUAUGAUUCAACAGAGAGAAAAUAUGGCUCCUGCAUCGCAACCUGGAAUGUCAGGUGACAUUUCUCAAGCAGUGCCUCCAGCGGGUGCUUCUCAAAUUGGGCCGAGUCAAACUGGGAUGCACGGCCCUCCGGGACACAUGGGAAUUCCUCAAGCGCCGGGUAGUGCCCAAAUACCUCAAGGAAUUCCGCAACAGAUGCCUCAGCAUGUCACAGUGGGUAGUAAUAUUCCACCGUCACAAGCUCCUGGAUCAAUUCAAAUGCCUGGUGGCGGUGGUGGCGGUGGUGGUGGUACCAACGGCGCUUCUCCGCAGAUUUCUCAAACCCAAAUUCCAUCGCAACCUAUUCAAUAUUCAGCCUCGGUUGUCUCUACA